AUGGGCACCGUGCGGCGGCUCUUCCCCGGCAAAGGCUUCGGCUUCGUGAGCCGCGACGAGUCCGAGGAGUUGGGCCUCGGAGCUGAGGUCACGAACGAGAAGGGCUUCGACGUGUUUCUGCACUUCUCGGACCUGGUGCCGGGCCUGGGCUCGGCCGAGCUCCAAGUGGGGUCGAGGGUGUCCUUCCUCUGGGAGUCAGCAGAUCCUCAUCGCGGCCCCGGUGGCCGGGCACGACGGGUCUCUCUUGAUGUCUCAGAGGUACCUCCACAUCCAGCAGUUGUGUCUUCAGCUGAUCACUCGAAGCCGGCGACUGCACCAGCUCCAAGGCCUCGAGCAACAGGUCGCGUGUACCGCCGCGAUGCUUUGCUCACCAUGGAGGAGGUAAUGCGCCGCAACAAACAACUUUGCGGAGCAAGGCCCGGCGGAGUUCCGAGGCUGUUGCAGAUGCCCCACUGGUAUUGGGAGGAUGAUGAUCGCGAAAGUCAGGAUGCGCCAGAUGACGAAAGCCGGUUACGGGCACUCGAGGCUCGACUUGAUCGAGAAAAUGGCGCGGACGCGAGGAACGUGGAGACCUUUGGCGAGGCCUGGGCCGGCGAAGUGUGGACCUUCGAAGAAGCGCUGGCUGCGAACCAAAGGUUGGCCAGAGCUCAGGGCUUAGCCGUGCCAUACGAGUUCUACGAAAGUAGAAGUCAGGAGCAGAUGAUCCCAAUGAUUUUACAAUAG